AUGGAUACCAUCAAGCAGGCCGGCAACUACGUCUCUGACAAGGUUCAGGGCGCCACCAGCCAAGCUUCCAAGGAGGCCAACAAGGAGACCGCCAAGGACUCCAACGCUUCCAUCGGCACCCGCGCUGAGGCUGGCGUCGAUGCUCUGAAGGACAAGUCCCAGCAGCACGGCCACGAGGCUUCCGCCGAGGCCAACAAGCAGGCUGCCACCCACUAA